AUGCAAACUGCAGGAUUGGACUUCUCUAAAAAUCAAUAUACACCUAUAAUCCAAGAUAUAUCAUCAAUAGAGGAAGAUAUUCAACAAAAAAUAAAUUUUGCACGACAAGAAACCAAAAAUUUAUAUAUCCAAAUUGAUAAAAUAAAGAAAAAAACACAAGAUGCAGAUUUAUUUGAGAUGACAAGAAAAGUUCCACCAUUGAAUAAAAAAUUAAUUAAUCUGAAACCAAUUGUCAAUUUAAAAGGACAUAAUAAUAAAAUUGCAGAUUUUCAAUGGAGUAAAAAUUCAAAAAAUAUUUUAAGUGCCAGCCAGGAUGGAUUUAUGCUGGUUUGGGACGUUGCAACCGGUUUGAAACAACAUGCUAUUCCGUUAGAUUCUCAAUGGGUUCUGUCGUGUGCAAUAUCGCCCUCAGGAAAUCUUGUAGCAAGUGCUGGUCUAAAUAAUAAUUGUACUAUAUAUAAAAUUUCAAAGGAAAACAGAGUUCAACAGAAUAUUAUAUCUAUCUUCAAGGGACAUACUGGUUAUGUCUCCAGUAUCGAUUUUUUAGGUGAAACCCAGAUACUCAGUGCAAGCGGGGACAUGACAUGCGCAUUGUGGGACAUUCCAAAAGCUAAAAGAGUAAGAGAGUACACGGAUCAUUUAGGUGAUGUUCUUGCUUUAUCUUUACCUAAUAAUAUAGAGCAAAAUAAUAUAUUUGCUAGUUGUGGUUCUGAUGGUUAUCUAUAUAUAUGGGAUACAAGAAUGCAAGCAAAUGUUCAAAACUUCUUUGUAAGCGAUAGUGAUGUCAGUACUGUCAAGUUUUUCCAUGGUGAUAAUACUAUUCUUACAGGGAGUGACGAUGGUACUAUUAGUAUGUUUGAUCUAAGAUCGGAUUGCUCUUUAGCUAACUAUACCUUAUCUGUAGGAUUGGAACAUCAAAGAGGUGUAAAUCCCACUAUAACCACAAACACUACUACCACUACUACUACCACCACCACUAUCACAGAUACAUAUAAUAACUUAAAACAUUAUUACCCUCCCUCGACUAUGCAGUAUAAUAGUACUACUCCAAAAUCACCUACUAUUUCUGCAAUAUCUUCUAGUUAUUUAGAUAAUCAAGGUGUUGUUUCCAUUGACUUUAGUAAGUCUGGUAGAUUAAUGUACGCUUGUUAUACAGAUUUGGGUUGUGUUGUUUGGGAUAUAUUGAACACAGAAGUAGUUGGGAAACUCGAAGGACAUACAAAUAGAGUAACUGGUGUAAAAACCAGCCCAGAUGGAUUAGCUGUCUGUACUGGGUCAUGGGAUACUAUAAUGAAAAUAUGGACACCUUCGUAUUCAUGA